AAGCUGAUGCUGGUCGUAUGUGGAGAGGGGGUUCUGCAGCUCCAGCGGAGGGCGGGCCUAGGCGGCUGGCCAGGGGCCCAGCACAUAACUUUGGGCGGUUGCAGUCUGGGGCCUCAGACAACCAGCCGCUCUGAGCCGAACCGACAACAUGAAGGCCCUCCUGGCCCUGCUGCCGCCGCUGCUGCUUCUCUCUGUGCCUCCGUGCUCGCACCAGGCCACCGGGAUCCGGGGAGACGCUCUAGAGAAGUCCUGCCUGCAGCUGCCCCUGGACUGCGAUGACAUCUAUGCCCAGGGCUACCAGGCAGACGGCGUGUACCUCAUCUACCCCUCGGGCCCCAGCGUGCCGGUACCUGUUUUCUGCGACAUGACCACCGAGGGAGGCAGGUGGACGGUCUUCCAGAAGAGAUUCAAUGGCUCAGUGAGUUUCUUCCGGGGCUGGAACGACUACAAGCUGGGCUUUGGCCGCGCAGACGGGGAGUACUGGCUGGGUAAGGCAGGGGCCAGGAGGGCUGGGGCCCACCUCACAGCCAGCCAGGGCUCUACUGAGCAGCUCCCUGCACCCCCAGGGCUGCAGAACAUCCAUCUCCUGACACUGAAGCAGAAAUACGAGCUGCGAGUGGACCUGGAGGACUUUGAGAACAACACAGCAUACGCCAAGUAUGCUGACUUCUCCAUCUCCCCCAAUGCGGUCAGUGCAGAGGAGGACGGCUACACACUCUACGUGGCAGGCUUCGAGGACGGUGGGGCAGGUGACUCCUUGUCCUAUCACAGUGGUCAGAAGUUUUCUACCUUUGACCGGGACCAGGACCUUUUCGUGCAGAACUGUGCAGCCCUCUCCUCAGGAGCCUUCUGGUUCCGCAGCUGCCACUUCGCCAACCUAAAUGGAUUCUACCUGGGUGGCUCCCAUCUCUCCUACGCCAAUGGCAUCAACUGGGCCCAAUGGAAAGGCUUCUACUACUCCCUGAAGCGCACUGAGAUGAAGAUCCGCCGGGCCUGAGGAGCAGGCCGGCCCCAACCCACUGCUGCCCUCCCCUGGCUUCCCUGCAUCUCUGAGUAUCCCUCUGCCCUCUAGGCCCAGCAUGAUGCUUCUGCUGCCCCCUGCACACUAGCGUCACAGGCAGUCUUGGCUGGCCCCUGUCACUCACCCAAGGUAACCAUUUCGAAACCAGGCCCUGCUCCCCUACCUAAGACUUGUUGUGCCAGCAGCUGCCCAAGCCUGGACCAGGCUGGGCUGCAUGAGGCUCAGAAUUGCCUCUACCCUGUCCAAACAGCUGAGAAGCAGGAGCCACCCUCCAAGCAUGGGCUUUUGUGUCCUCCUUUAGGCAGCUUCCUCACUGUAGACCACUCUGUCUGGGCCACCUAGACUGAGCAAUGCAAUCUCACUAGCACCCACAGCAUACUCCAGGCCACCUGGGCAGCCACAGCAACCCAGCACGCCCUCCGUCCACUCUCAGAGUGCCUCCGUCCUUGUCCUCCUUUUCACCAACUUACUCCCUACAGUGAACACUGUGGACCCUCAGCCCCACCUCACCACCAUAUUCCACAUCCUCCACCUGCCUAUCCAAGCCCCCCAAAGCUCAUGCUAAAACAGUAUUCACCACAGUUACUGCAAGACACCCUGAAACCGCUACAGGCAAGGUAGGCACAGGAACAAGGUCCCCCACCUCCCCCAGGGAUUAAGCUUUGGCCAUAUGAGCAGCAGAAGACAAGCUAUGGGGCUGGGAGUGGAUGGGGAGAGAAAAGUCUCAAUAAACCUUCAGAUCCUGAA